AUGUUUUCUUCAAAAAGUUCGCCUGGAAAUAAUUCGAAAACUGAUAGCAAGUAAUUAGUAUUUUAGUAUUAAAUGUAUUUAAAAGUAUUUACAGUUUAAACGAAACGUCAUAUAAAUUGUACAUAAUAUAUACAAUACACAUAGGUACCUAUUUUGUUUGUGUAUUUUUCAGUGAACAGAAAAAAACAAAAAAAGUCUUGGAUACAAAAACACUGCAUACUAAAUAUUUGCAGUCUGUUUUAUACAAGAAAAAUGAGACCGAACCAUUAGUAAGUUAUUGCUUUCAAGUAGUUUUUUUUUUUUGUAGUUUAAUAUUAUAAGCAAAAACUCAAUAAAUUAAAUUUAAAAGUUUAUAUUUCGUAUACUUACUUAAUAUUUUAGGCUGGUUAUUUAGAUUAUAUUAAAACUAGAGAAGGUGAACUGAAUAUUGGAAAAGAAGAACUUACUGAACCUCGUGAAGAUUGUAUGUAUAAUUUUUACUACCCAUGUAAAAUAUAUACUAUUUUAAUAUGAUAUAUAAUUAUAAUAAUGUUUAAUUCUAUAAUAAUUAUACAUUAUAAUAAUAUAAUGUUAUAUAACUAAUAAUUUGAUAUGCCUUGUUGUACAUAUUAUAUAAUUUAAAUUCUAUUUUGUUGGGUAAAUGUUUAGCGAUUGUAUUGAGCAAAUUGAUAAGUUCCGAACUAGAUGAAUCCGAGAUAGAAGAGUAUAGUAUACAAGAUGAACAAUUACUGAUUAAAGAUGAACCUCCUGAGAUAUUAAACUUAGAUAAUACUAUAGAAGAGUUUAAAAAAGCAAAAGAAUACAAAUUUAUUUAUUUAAGUUAUGCUGUUAGCAAAACAUCAAAAUACUUUUCACCAUACAGCUUUGUUACAAAACCAUUUAAAAAUAUCAAUAAAAAUUGUUUUUUUACACUAAGUAACAAAGGCAUGAUAUCACACUUUAAGAAUGAGGAAAGAUUCACUCCUUUUGCAACAUUUGAAGACGAUUAUAGAUGUUAUCAGAAACUUGUUCAAGUAAGCUUAUAUAUAUAUAUAUAUAUACAAUGUAUAAUUAUAAAGUUUUUUUGACUAGAAACACAUUUUUUUUCAAGUAACUUUGACCCAUGACAUUUUUUAUACCUUAUAAAUUAAUUGAGAUACAGCCAUCUGAAGUUGGUUAAAAAAAUAUUUUUAUCGAUUUUUUAACUUAAAAUGUAUGAUAUUAAAAGUAAAGAUAUUUGAUUACUGAAAACAAAUUAUUUGUAAAGAUGAUUAUAAAAUAACACAUACAUAAUAAAUAACAUACUAACUAUACCUAUAAUAUGUUUUCAAAAAUGUUUUAUAGUUAUAUAGUAUACUAGAUGUCCUUUGGUGUUGCAUGUGUCAAUUUAACUAUUUUUAGAUUUUGAGUAGAGCGAAGAAGCUUAUAGUUUUACAAAGAUCCAGAGGACAUGCUCAGAUUUUUUACGUGCAGCAACUUUUCUGAAAAGAAAUCGGUGUGGAGAGGUUAGGUACCUUAAAGAGGUCGUUUUUAGAUUUUUCCUGGAGUUUUAUCAGCAAAUUUGAAAAAACUGGGAAAACCGGUACAACAUUAAACAAAUAUUAUUAAAGAAAAUAUAUCGAUCAUAUUUAAUUAUUUUACUAUAAUAUACAUACAUUGUUGACAAAGCAUCACUAUCAACUGAACUACACUCAGAAUCGUUUUUCGUUAGCAAUGUUUAAACGUUUCAUACAGAAAUUAAAUUAAAUUUCCUUUGUACCUACCUUCCUAAUUUUUCACCUGGAACAGUGACCCACCAAUCGUGUGAAGUUCGGAUACAUUUGUUUGUUUUUGUAUUGUAAUACCAAAAAUCGUAUUUGAGCUUUCCUUUAAGGGUUAAAUUUCUGAAAUCUAUUUUGGACUGGAAAACUACAAAAGUGUACCGGCCCACAUAAUUAUUUACCAAAUAUUAAAAUUUAGCCAAUUUGUAUUAUUAUUAUUUUAACAAAACUACAAAUUGUUUUUACAUAUUUGGGAGAUAAACAAUUAGAACUUUUAAAAAUUUAGGAGUAUAAAAAUUGUUUUUGAAUAGCUUAUGUUUACACAUUUACAUUACGUAGUCUAAACGUAAGUUCAGAUAUCCCCAUUAUGUUUAUCCGUUCAUCUGUCCAUCUACAGUUACCAGUACAUAGUUACGGUUAUUAAUUCGGUUGAUAAUAAGAUAUAUAUCAGGUAUUCGCAACAUUAUUAACGUACAUUUUUCCAGCACCACCAAUUUCAAAUUUUAAACAUUUUUCUAUGCAAAUAUUUAACAUGCAAAAUAUAUUUGCAAAAAUUUGUACGACCAUUUCCGAAAUUUGCACGGCAUUGGUUUACCCGGAAAAUUCAAUUUUCUGUGAGUGGGGCGUGGAAAAAGUAUAUGCUUUUAUAAAUUGUAUCAAACAAAAUAGGAAUUCAUUUGGGUCCAUAAAAUAUUAUUAUCAUUAUAUUUCAUAAAAUAUGGUAUGCAAUAUAAUAUGAGUUAAAGGCAAGUUCAAAAUGUUAAAAAAGAAUUGUGUAUAUGUUUUGUUAUUGUAUUAAUGUUUUUUUAUUGUGCUUUUAAGAAUAUUUAGAAAAAUUAAUAAUAAUAAAAAAAGAAAUUAAAAAAAUGAAAUCAUUAAAAUAAAUGCUGUCAAAAUGUAGUAACCAUUACUAUAAAAAAAAAAAAAGUAAAUUUUAGUCAGGUUUCUAUUGCACUUAAUAUUUUCUUUAAUAAUAUUUGUUUAAUGUUCCGAUUUUCUCAGUAUUCCCAUGUUUUAUCUCUGUUUUUUACAUUUUCUGGGAAAACGACCUCCCUAAAGUACCUUUCCAGUCAAAUUUCUUUGCAGAAAAAUUGUUUGAAAAUUUAUAAUCAUUAUUAGUUGGAGCAAAAUUGCUGGUAGAAAAGUUGUGCACAGAAAAAAAGAAGGCCUUAAUAUAUUUUAACUAAUAUCUACAUUUCUUAUAUUUUUCCGUUUUUUUUUAGUUUUUUUUUCGAUUUUUUAAAUUUGAUGAAAAUACUUUUAAGAAAUUCGAAAAAUGACCUCCCUAAAGUACUCUUGAAAAUCUGAGCAAGUCUUUAGGUAGAAAAGUAGCACAUAGAUAAAAAAUAAAAAAAUAAAAUAAAUAUCUUUGUAAAACUAUAAGCUUUUCGCUCCACUCAAGAGUCUAAAAUCCAUACUUCUGGAAAUUUAGAAUUAGAUUCGAGUAAUAGUUCUGAAGACUCUAAAUUUAAUUCAAGUGAUUAUUCUACAAACAUCGAUAGUGAUUAAAGUUGAAACCUUCAUGUUAUAAUUUAAUUUUCCCUAUUUUUGAUCAUGUUUUAUAAUAUUACCUACUAUUGGCGAUUCAUAUCCACCGAAGUAAUAAUAGGUAUAUGUGGGGUACAAAUCACCUAUUACUGUCGGCAAUACUUCCUACAGGCGGUUUAUACCCACCGAGAUAAUAAUACAUGUGGGGUACAGAUCACCGAGUUUGGAUUCUUUUUUCAAAUCAUCCAUCAUUUCCCAGUGAUAUUUGGUCUUCGUUAACAUACUGAAAAGUCUAUUAAGUCCACUUUGAUAACAUCAGGCUCCCUUUAACUCAAAUGUUUUCCCUGGGCAUACAAUAAUUUCAGAUUUAUAAUUAUAAUGUAUUUUAAUGUGUGAAUUAGCUUCCGUCCUAUAAUUAAUAUUAAUAUCUAAAAUAAAAAAAAAAUAUUUACCUAUUAGUUAUUAAUACUUUUUAAUAUAUUUUUUUUCAAACCUUUUUUCAUUUAAUCAUUUCUAUUAUGAGGUGUACAUUUUGAUGUAGUAAUUGUUCUUGUUUUAAAGUCUUGGCAUGAAUUAUUUCCAUUUGUGUAUCCACAUCAUUGACCUUUCUGUAUCAAUUCUUGAUAAAAUAUAGUUCGGUAGUCCACACUCAAAUCACCUGUAGUGUAUUAUAUGUAAUAUACAUCACAGAAAUAUAUUUAUUAUUUUUACAUUAUUACUAGUGCACGUUACAUCUUUAAACUGCAUAAUUGCUUCAAUAACUGUUGAAGGCGGUAGAGCUCCUUUUCGUCCAGCCAGGGCGUAACCAAUAAGUAGGACUGAUAGGCCCGGGCCAACCCAGAUUUUUUAUAAAAAAAAAAAAAAAUCAAUAACAUAUAAAAUAAUAUACUCGUAUUAAUAUUCUUGCUUUUGUUGUUAUGAACCAUUUAUGUCCGGAUGUAAUUGGUAAAUAGGUAGUAUCACGCGUAUAUAAAUUGAACUGACUAUUGUGGGCAAAUUUUAAACUUGCCUUGAAAUCAUAUUAUAUUGUAUACAAUAUUCAUUUAUUAUGAAACAUAAUGAUAAUAAUAUUUUAUAAAACCAAAUGAAUUUCAAUUUUUUUAAUUUACACAAUUUAUAAAUGACAUAUAUUUUUUUUCCGCCCACUCACAGAAAAUUGAAUUUUCCGGGUAAACCGGUACCAUGCAAGUAUUGGAAACGGUUGUACAAAUUUAUACAAAUCGCAUGCUAAAUAUUUGCAAAAAAAAUUGUUUUAAAUUUGAAAUGGGCGGGACUGGAGAAAUGUACUACAUUAUUAUUAUUUUUCAUUUAAAUAUGUACAUUAAAUAUGCAUUUUUACCAAUUCAUAUUAAAAAAAAAGCUGGUGCUGGGUACGGGUGAAGCCAGUGUUGUAGGUGGGAAGUUGGGAAGAUAAGGAUACAGAGUUGAAUUCAAUUUAUAUCUAUACGCAACGAUUAAACAUUGCUAACGAAAACGAUUCUGAGCGGAAGUAAGUCCAUAGUAUUGCUCUUUAAAUAAUGUGUGAUUUUACGAUAAUAACGAUAAUAACGAUAAUAACGAAUAAUAAAUAAAAACUUUUGGCGAUAUUAGGAAUCCUAAAGCGGUUUUUUAUACACCACGUUCUCAUUGACCCAUUUUAAGUUUCACGUGCUUUUCUUUUUGCCCGGUUUUCGUUGUCAUGAUUACUAUAAUAAGAUAUUAAAUUAUUAAUUAUUUAUGAGGAAAUCGCGGCAGUUCAAAUAGCCGUGUUAUAAUAUAAGUUAUGAACUUUUUUUUACAAAACUACCCUCGAUUUGUUGUGCAAAGCCAUUUAACAACGAAAUUAUCCCCUCAGAAAAAUUACUUUUCCUUUUUAGCGUUUUCAUGUCCGAGAACAUUUUCUAUAGGUUUCGCUUUACGUUUACGUGUUAAAAAAAAUUUUGGUUUUUUUGUGUUACACGAUUUUGCAAAACGUACCGUAUACGUUUUUAUUCCCUGAUUUAAAGUAGCGGUUCACCGGAAAAUUCCCGAAUUCCCAGAUGCCCACUUUUAUUGUUAUACUUAUAGACAACCAUCUACAAUGAUAACAUUUUUAAAAGAUAAAUUGCGUAGUAAAAACUAUUUUCUAUGGUAGGUAUAAAGGUAAUUUAGCUAGUUACAAGUAAAAUAAUAAUUAUUGCACAUUUUCACUAUUUAUUCCACCAAGUACAAAUAAUAUUACUAUAUGACUAUGUAAUUAUUUUGCAAAACAUUUUUUUUUUUAGUCAUGUUUUUUAAUUUAGUCCCUUCCUCAUUGAAAAUUCUUGGGUACCCUACUGUACGUUCACAUUUAAAAUUAUAAAUAUAUUUUCAAUCUAAUCAUAUUAUUUUGUUUAUAGCUGUCCUUUUUUAAAAAUUAUCUUGUACAAAAAUGUCUGCACUUUUGGUAUAAAUAUAUUUCUCGAAACAAGUUUUAUUUGGCACGAGAUGAAUUAAAAUUGAUUUUUUUUACCGAUCCACUAAGAAGUACAUCUUUGGAAAUAUCAGAUAUUAUUUAUCAAACCGCAAAAGUUAAUAUAUAUGAUGGUUCAGUUACUGAAGAAAUGAAUCUUGAAGUCUUUAAGGAACAACAAGUAUCUAUGUCAUGUUAUAGUUUCCAUUUAUUCAUACUGAUUCAUAUAUAUAUAUAUAUACAAAAUCUUUAGGAGAAAAGUACCGAGGAGGCUAUUGAAGUUUUAAAAGACUUACGUCAAACUAUAAAAGUUUUAACAUUAAAGGCAUGUUUAGAUUCAUUAGAACAAUCUGGAUUCACUGUGAAUGAUAUAAAUUUUUAUAUUGACCCAAAAUCGACCCAAAAUAAUAAAGAGCGAUAUAGAGAUACCAUGUAUAGUAUGCCAUUUGUAGAACAAAGAGCCAAAUUUAAAUGUUGUCAGAGAAUUUGCCGAUAUGUUAUGUGGAUUGACUUGCUUCUUCAAUCACAUUUACACAAGAUCAUUCAAAAUCAAAUUACAAUUUUCAAAGUUGAUGUCAGUAAACAUUUCAAAUACAUUCCUAGUGAUGAUUUACUAAAUGAUACGGAUGUACAAACUAUGCUGGAAAGCGAAAGAUCAUCUGACGAUCCAAAAGUAUUAACUAUAAUACACUACACUGAUUUAAAUAAAAUAAAAUAAUUAUAAUGUUGAUUUUGCUUUAUUAGUUACCACUAUUUACAUUAGAGGUAUUUUUAACAAAAACCGGUAUUGAGUUUAGUAGUACGCGAGAAGAUUUUAAUUCGUAUAUUUCAUUUUUAAUGGAAAAUUGGAAAUUGAAUAUGAUAACGCAUAUUCCCCCAAUUCUGAAUGACAGCGAAUUAAAUGUCUUUGCACAGUGAGUUUUGCGUUUAUAAUAAUAAAUAUCAUUAAAAUAUAAUUUAUAAUAUUUUAUAUAAUAUAAUAUAAUACGUUUUAAAUAUAUUAAUAAUUUUAGACCGAUUAUUUGCGGUAAGGAAAAUGCUCGGAUAUGUGGCAACGGCCCAUCAUUGCAAUUCGUGUUUGACAUUGAUGAUAUGUAUAAAAGUACCGCGGAUAAAAUAUUAAAUUAUUUUAAUACAAACUAUGAUGCAGUAUCUAAGUAUGUGAAACAUUUAGAAUAUGUUUAUGUAAUCUAUAGAGACAACGAAAACUUGGAUAAAGAAACUAUCGAGAAUGAAACUGGUAAAUAUAAAAUUAACACUCAUAGGUACCUAGAUCAUAUUGUAAAUUGUAAAUUUUUUUUAGAUAUAAUGAACUUUCGAAAAAUGUUAGUGAAGUAUAAACAACAACAGAGCGAUGUGGAUAAAAUAAUACCUACUCAAAUGUUAGGUAUUUUCUAUUUAAAACUGCAAUCGCUGAAAAAUAUUGCCAAGCCUACUUGUGAACGUUUGUUGGCACUGAUACAAAAAACAAUGGUCAAGUAUGUGUUUCAUACCAAUAGUUGAUGAAAUGUGUUCUAUUGUAAAUUAAACGUCUUUAUAGAGUGGGGAAAGAUUUGAUAAACGAACUAUCAAAUGAAAUAAAUGAUUCACUAAAAUAUCUUCAUACUUCUCCAUCCACGGCAGCACAGUAUGUUGAUUAUAAAAAGUUUUUGGACAAAUCUAUUAAAAGGGUUUGUAUUUUAAUAAUAGGUAUAUUAUAAUAUUGUACUGAGCUGCAUAGAAUAAACUGAAAAAUUAACUAAAAUAAUAAGUAGAUCCCGGAAUUCAAUGCAAAAUUAAUCUUUUUUUGAUUGAUAUUAGAUAAUGCUUAUCAAGUACAUAAUUUGAUUCAUGAGAUUUCAAAAGUGACACUUUUAUUCUGCCUUUUUUGGCAUUUUUCAAUGGUUUGUUUUUAGUAUUUCUCGGUCAUUUUUUUCGUGUUUUAUUGCACAAUAUACGAGUAUAAUUUUAUACAUUAUUUGUGCAAAAUACGAUCAUCCAUUAAAUAUACUUAGUAUAUUCAAUGUAUAAUAGGACUUAAUAAUUUAAAUUUAGCUAAUUCAAAAUAUUAUCCAUGUUUUUCGGAUUUUUCAGUCAAUCAGUCAAUAAUAUCGUCGCUAGUCACAAGUCAAAUUUUUCAAUUUUCUGUUUCUUUUGUUUAAAUAAAUUAAAAAUUAAUUAUCCAAUAAAACAAUAAAUUUAAAAAAAAUGCGUGUGUCAUUUUUUAAGGGUAUUUUUUCGAUAAAUAAAAAAACAUUUUUUAAAGACAUUUUUAGAACAUUUUUCGAUGAUUUUCAGUGCAUUGAAAUCCGGACCCUAAUAAUAAGCUGUAGUUUAAUGAACGUUAAAAUGAUACGUAUAAACUCCUCUUCCACCAUCCACCACUUCUCCAAACAAUACGGCACUAGUCGUUUUUAAUUUCUUAUUAAUAACGCUAUAAUGGUAUUCUGUAUUAAAAUGUAAAAACAGGUCAUAUUUAUUUAUUUGAAUUUACUGGGUUUGACAGCCCAAUUACAAGUGUAAUAUUAGAUUUACAGUGUUAAGUAGUGCAUAGUAAAGGUACGUUAUAUAUAAGUAGAUAACAAGUGAGUUAUAAAAUAACUUAAACAUUAGUUUACAAGAAUAAUAAACAAUAGUACAAUGGGCCUAAAAACAAAAUAAAAGGAACAAUUUAUAACUAGUGGCCGCCUAACUAGGUAAAGUACGUAAAGUACAAUUUAGAUGAUGCUUAAAGGAGGAUAAUGAUUGAUAUGAGAAAAAUGCAAUCUUAUAUUUAUUUGACAAAUACAUAGUUCUGGAAAUCGGACAAUUCAACGUAUAAUUUGUUUGUUGAGUGGGAAUAUGAAAGAUAACAUUUGAUCUAGUAAAAUGUUGCGGAACUAGUGAGAAAAUCUACUGAGAGACUACUGAGAAAAUCGAGACAGUCAAUAUUAUUGUGAAGAACAUAAUAUAGAAAGCAUAAGUCAAGUUUUAUUUUACGUAAUCCAAGAGAUUCCAUAAGAAAUUCCAAAACCGGAACAUAUGAAGUAUAAGGUAUGCGGAGAAUAUUGCGACGAUGACAGAAAAAGACUAAAAAUUUAUUUUGGACAACUUUUAAUGAAAGUUUAUGUUUGAGACUAAAAAGUGGAAUAGUAAUCUAGAGAAGAUCUAAUAAAAUAAGUAGGGAUAGAGUAUACUUAAUGCAUAGAGGUAACUAAAAUUUUCAUAGGAAAAUUCGAUAAAUCCGAACGGCUUCAAAUAUUUAUAUUUUUUAUAAAAUUUAUACUAUGUGUGUAUCAAAAGUUAAUAAGUAGAGAAAAAAGAUAGGAAGUAGUUGAGAACCUUGGGGUACACUAUGAAUUUGUGAGAAUGAGUAAGAAUAAUAAUUGUUACAUUUAACAAUUUGGGAACUAUUAGAAAUAUACGAAAAAAGCCAUGAAAGAAGUGGGUCACAAAUAUCAAAAGCUUAAUAAUAUAAAUUACCGUAUCAAAGGCUUUUGAAAAAUCAGUGGAAAUUACGUCUACUUGAUGACCAUUUACAAAUGCAUAAUUUAUAAAUUGAGUAAAAACUAAUAAAUUGGUCAAAGUCGAUCAUCUCGAGGUUUGAAAACCAUGUUGCUCGUUAAUUAUUUUAGAGUUAAUGGUCGGGAUUAUUUUUUUUAGAGUCAAUAGGUCUUCAAAUUUUUGGAAUCGACGAAAGGAGAGAAAUUGGACGAUAAUUACUUAUAUUUGAGAAAUCGAAAUUUUUGGAAUAUAUUUCCAAAAAUUAGGAAAAAUACCAGAUGAAAAAACGAUGCAAAAAUAUAUGAGGAAUUAAGUCAGGACCAGAAGAGAAUUUAUUGUUUAGUAAGUUUAGGGUUGUUAGGCAAAGAGAUUGAACAGAAUGAUAAAGAAAAAUUAAGACUAUGAGCAGACGUGGUUUGCAAAUUUAAUAGAAUAGCAACUGAGAUAAAUUUAAAAUUAACAUAAACACUAGAAAAAUGAUCAUCAAUAGUUUACAAUUUGUGUACCAUCAUCACUUGAUAGAUCAUUUAGGUACAUUUAGGAAGUUCUUUAAUUUUUUUACUUUUAAUAUAGUUUUCCAAAUUUGAGUUUUGAAUAAAAGAAGUUAGGUAACGUGAGUAUUUUUGCUAAUUGUUUACAGCGACUUCUUAAAUUAGAAAAUGAACUAUAAUCAAUAGAAGAAUUUAUUAUUUUAAAUUUAAUAUAAGCCAAUUUACAGAGAAAACCAACGAAGAAAUUUAUAAAUUGCAUUGAAAAGUAUAUUAUAAAAAUAAUCUACAGUAUGAUUAAUAUCACAAUUUUUAAAUAAGGAAUUCCAAUUCAUGCUAGUGAUGCUAGUUAAAUAAAUUAUUAUGCUAGCAUAUUACCUCAAGAGAUAUCGUAUUUUACUGAUGUGUGGCUGAUUAAUUCAUAUCUUUUAUGUUUUAUUUUACUAAUAUAAUAUAAAAUUAUUGUGCUAGAUUGUAUAUGUUAAAUAAAUAAAAAAAAAAGAUAAACCAUUGCUAACGAAAAAACGAUUCUGAGCGGAGUUUAGUGUUGAUUUAUCAACAAUAUAUAUGCCAUAUAAUAGUAAAAUAAUUAAAUAGGUAUCAUAUAUUUUUUUAGUAUAUCGAUUUUCCUGUUUUUCUUACGCUUUUUCCGGUUUUUCACAUUUGUUGAGAAAACUUCGGAGAAAAUCAACAAUUUCUCUAAAAUACCUCUUCAGUGAUAUUUCCUUUUAAAAAAAUUGCUAUCAUUAUAAACUGGAGCAAAAUUACUGGUAGCAAAGUUGUCUCUUGUGAAAAAAAAAGGCUGUAAUAUUUUUAACUAAAUAUUUACAUUUCUUACAUUUUUCCGUUUUUAUGAUUUUUCACAUUUGUUGAUAAAACUCCGAAGAAAACCAAAAAAUGACUUCCUUAAAGUACCUCCUCUCACCGAUUUCUUUUCAGAAAAUGUGUAACACGUAAAAAUCGGAGCAAGAUCUUUGAUAGAAAAGUUGUCUACAGAAAAAAAAAAAUAAACAUCUUUGUAAAACCAUAAGUUUCUUCGUUCCACUCAGAAUCUAAAAUUUAGAUUCUAUAGGAUCUAGACUGAAAAAAUCUGGAAGUAAACCUUCUAAUAUAGAUUCGCCAUUUUAAUUUAGGUAAAUGUCCCAGCAGGAGCAGUUUAGUGUUAUUAUGUAAAAAUUAUGUUCUCGACAGUUGUGAAAAAGCAUUGAAACAGUCAAUGUUCGAUGAAUAUACAAAAUUAUUAACCAGUUAAAUAUGAAAUUAAAAACAAAUAAAUGAUAAAAAGUUUAAUCAUCAAUACUAGAACUAAUAAUAUUAUAAUAUCACAAAUUCAUAACUCAGAAUACCAUUAAACGAUUUAAUCCCACGAUAAUGUAUAAAACCAAUCAGAAAUAGUAAAAGACCAGCGACAUAUUUGUGGAACAUGAGGCAGCAUUAUGUGUGUUGACAUCAUGUCUUGUUUUUAUUUAAUCACGAAAUUAAUUAAAUUUAUGAUAAUCUGAGAGUUAAGUAUGUGUUUUAUUAUUUUAGUUGGAUGAAAUGGAUAAUACCAUAAAUUACACCAGAGACCUUUAUGACUUAGCCGAUGAAUUUGAUGUACCCGUUCCUGAAGAAGAUACUGAAAAUUUUUAUGUAAAUAUAACUGUUAACUAAUACUAUGAACUAAUAUGCUAGUUUUUAUUUUUAAUAUAUUUUAAAGAAAUGUUCAGACCUCUUAAAUAGUUUACAAACGACAUUUGAACAAAUUAACAAUGAACGAGACAAACUUGUUGAUGAUUUUGUCAAAAAAAUUGAUACUCAUAUAACAGAUAUGCUCCGAGAAGUAGACAAAAUAAACAUUGAAGCCCAUGUAAUUACUUGAAUUAUUUAUACAUUAUUUUAUUUAUUUUAUUUUAAUAAUCAUGUUUUACAGAAAUCGUCGUUAACUGAUAUUAAUUCAGAUAAAGAAGAAGUAAAAGCUACCUUAUCUAAACUUUAUAGUCAAUUACAAGACUAUGAAGAAAAAGCGGAUUUAUAUAAGUCUUACCAACGUUUCUUCCGCAUAGAGAUAACAAAAUAUGAAAUUUUUAGUGAAGCAAGUGAAGCCAUAAGACUCAGAACAUUACUAUGGGAUUGUUUAGAUGAAUGGAAAAAAAAAAUGUUUGAAUGGGAAAAUGACAAUUUUCAUAAUUUAGAUGUAGAACAAAUGAAUACAUUCCUAGCAUUAAAUAUGAAAUAUGUCAUGCAGUUUAAAAAAGGUCUUCCUGAAUGUGAACUCAUUAAUAUAAUGGAAAAAAAUGUAGAAUCUUUCAAACAAAAAAUGGCAAUUAUUACAAUGCUAAGAAAUCCAGAUCUUCAAAAUCAUCAUUGGGCUAAAAUAGAACAUAAUAUACUUGGAACAAAAUUUCCAGCUAAUCAAGUUCUCACUCUAAAUGUUCUUGAAGAAUUAGGUACAUUUAAAAAUGGUAAAGAAAUAAUGGAAGUUUCCGGCCAAGCAAGUUCUGAAGCUACUUUAGAGUUAAUACUGAAAAAGAUUGAAGAUUCAUGGAAAGGAUUAGAAUUAAUUGUACUUCCUUACAAAAAUUAUGAUAGUGUUUUCAUACUUGGUUCAAUGGAAGAAGUUCAAUUAGCAUUAGAAGAAGCAAAUAUAAAUUUGAAUACUCUUAUUACAUCAAAAUAUGUAGCAAUGAUUAAAACAAGAGUAGAAAAAUGGAUAAGUUCUAUGGAUAUUAUGAAUAAUGUUCUAGUGAGUAAUUAUUUGAUAAAUAAAAGUUAAUUUAAAAAAAAAGAGCUGAUACUGGGCAGUGGGGAUAGGUGUGCAGCGUAUUUAUGGAGAGGGGGAUUUGGAAGAUAGAUUCCCCUACCGCAAGGUGUUUUUUUUCUUUUUAUGUAUUAACAGUUAUCGUAGAGUAUUUCUAGAUGGUUUUUCCAUUUUUUACAAAAUGAAGUAAGAAAAACUUAAUAAAUUGAUAACAUAAAUGUAGACUAAAAUACCGUAAUCAAAAUAUUAUAAUAUAUUAUUAUGGAAUUGUAGUGGUAUAUUGCACAGGGUAUCGGUAUUGUUUAGAAAAAUAACAUUCGUAUUUUUAGACGAAACUAACUGAUUGCAAUUUGUAUUACAUUUUUACAUAUAAACGUUAAUAUAUUUAUUUUAAACUUUGAACCUACUACCUAGGACCUACAGGCUACUAUUUAUAUCAUAGUCAGUUUUUGGAACUUGUGGUAUUAACUGUUCAUUCAUUUGGAUUCAAUUUUUUUUUUUUUUCUUAAACAUUAUAUUUUAGAUUCGGAGCAUAGUGAGGAAUGUAUUGGUUUUACAAAUAUACAAUGAUGUUAUUUUUUUUUAAUCUGUGAACAACUUUUCUAACAGAAAUCUUUAGCCGAUUUUUAAGUGUAGCAACUUUUCUGAAAGGAAAUUUUGUAUGGGAGGUAUUUUUUCAUUCCAGUUAUUUGUUGACUUUCCAAGCAGUUUUCAUAAUGAUUGGAAAAACCAGGAAAAAAUGUAGGAGAAUGGAAAAAUUUACGAAAUUUAUUAUUUUCAAUUAUGUUUUUUGUUAAUUCAGUUAAAAAUAUUCGUAGAGGCUUGAAAUAUGGACAAAAAACAUAUGCUUGUCUCUUAUAGGCGUGGUCAAAUUUUCAAAACAUUUUAGCCAUUUUGAGCUGUUUAUUGACAUUUUAAUUUUAUUAAUUUUUAUCGUAAUUUUUAUUGGGUAUGUACUCUGUAGAUAAAAUCGUUAGAUCCAAAAAUGCUUGGAAAUUUAACUGGAGGGCUCAUUAUAAACAGUGUUUGGAAAGAACUUUAUUCAUGAACGCAAAAUUUAUUAAGGUACCAAUGAAUAUAUAUAUAAUUCAUUGUAUUAUUAAUAAUAACAUUUUUAUAUUAUAAUUCCUUUUAUAUUUAAUUUUUUUUUUUUUAAACCAGUUACGGUAAAUCAUCAUAGACACAACUAGGGGAGUGCAAAAGGGCUUUAGCACCCCCAAAAAUAUCCAAUAAGCUUUUUUAUAGUAUUAACUAAAAAUCUUAUCCAUGCAUUUCAUAAUAAUUAAUAAGCAGAAUAAAAUACAGAUUACUUACAGACAAUGCAUGUCUAUAUAAAAAAUAAUAUUAAAAAGUUAUGAUAUAUUUUUAUAUUAAAAAUUGUAAAUGAAAUGUCCAGUUGCUAUUUAUAGGUCUCGUGUAAUGAGCACUGUUGAGGCAUUACUGCAGACCCUUGAAGGCAUGGGUUUGUGAUAUGUCCAUAAUUUUAGAAAUCCCAAAAUUAAUGGUCUAGUAUGCAAAUCGCUACACUCCGAAUCUAAAAAUUUUAUAUAUGUACAUAGUGGUCAUUUUUGAUUAAAUUUUUUUUUUCUGUUUAGACGGAAUGGAUUGCGUGUCAAAAUAAUUGGAUUUACUUAGAAUCAAUAUUUUCUGCUCCAGACAUUCAAAGACAACUUCCAAAUGAAUCAAAAUUGUUUACUCAAGUAAAUAAAUCUUGGAUCAAUAUAAUGCAAAAAGUGGAAAAAAAUCCAUUAGCUUAUAAUAUAUGUAUUGAUACGGAUCUUUUGAAAACAUUUAUAAAAAACAAUCAAAUAUUAGAUGAAAUAUUGCUAUGUUUAGAAGAAUAUUUGGAAUCGAAAAGAGUUGUAUUUCCUAGAUUUUAUUUUUUGUCAAAUGAUGAACUUAUAGAAAUAAUUGCUCAAGCGCAAAAUGUUAGAGCUGUACAGCCACACAUGAAUAAAUGUUUUGACGCCAUUUGGAGAAUACAAUUUAAAGGCGAUGAUGACGAAGGAAACCCAUUAAAUGCAAAAAUAAAUGGAGAAGAUAAUUUACCUACCGACAUUAUUUCUAUGAUAUCUUCUGAAAAAGAAAUCGUAAAAUUUCUUUCAAAGGUAAAAGCUAAAGGAAAUGUUGAGUUUUGGCUAUCUAAAGUUGAAGAACAAAUGAUAAAGACACUUCGAUCACUUAUGCUCAUUUCCAUUGAAGAUUUUGAAAAACAUCCUAGAGCAGAAUGGGUGUUAUUACAGACUGCCCAGGUUACAAUUUAAAUAAUUUGUGUUAUUAAAAAUUAAAUCAUUAUAUUUUUUUUUAGCUGGUACUAGCGGUUGCACAGAUGAUGUGGUGUCGUGAUGUACAUAUAAUUCUCAAACUUGACUCUAAUAUUCAAAAAUCAUUGGAGGAAUUUGAACAAAAAUGUUUUAAAUUAAGUACCUUGUCCAAAAAAUUGGAUUGAAAUCAAUGUUAUUUCAUAUUUUCUUAUGAUAAUUUGAUUACUUGUCAAUUUAGGAUUUGAAUGAUUUAGCAGCAAUGGUCCGAGGACAGUUAACUAAACUUCAACGAUCAACAAUAUGUGCAUUAAUUACCAUCGAUGUCCAUGCUAGGGAUAUAAUAUCUUCUAUGGUUGUUAAUGAAAUCAAUAGUGAUGAAAAUUUUGAAUGGCUAAAACAGUUUCGCUAUUAUUGGGAUAAUAUAGACGGCUGUGUUGCAUACAUGGCGAAUGCUCGUUGGUUAUAUGCAUUCGAAUAUCUUGGUUCUUCUCCUAGAUUAGUGAUCACACCAUUAACUGAUAAAUGUUACUUGUGCUUGAUGGGAGCUUUGCAGUUAAAUCUAGGUGGUGCACCUGCUGGUCCCGCUGGUACUGGUAAAACUGAAACAACCAAGGACCUUGCAAAAGCAUUAGCCACACAGUGCGUUGUUUUUAACUGUUCUGACGGUUUAGACUAUAAGGUAUACAUUUAUUAAUUAAAAAAAAAAAAUAUUACGAUUAAAAAUAAAAAAAGGUGGGAUACAUAAAGUUAUUUAUUAUAGCUACAAACAACAAUAAACCACUUCAUAAAACGACGGGGAGCGUAGUUCCAUUAUACAUCUUUUGAAAAGCCGUAAUAUUGACGAAAAUCGUCAAUAUUACGAUUUUAUAACUUUUUUAACAAAUAAAAAUAAAUACUACAUUAAACUCAUUUUUUUUCUGAUCACUAAUUACGACUUUUAAUAAACCUCCUGUCAAAUUUUUAAGCAUUUUUGUUAAGUUUAACAAUUUUUAAUCUAGUUAGUAAGUAAGAUAUUUGUUUUUUGGUUUUCUUUAUAGUUGUUUUAGCAAUUUAGUAAAAUCGAAAAAUAAGUAGAAAAAACUGAAAAAUGUACAAAAAUAAUUCUUUUAUUAUUUUCAAUUUUUUUAAAAAUUGAAUUUAAUUAAAAAUAUAUUUUUAAAGACUUGAAAUUAUGAGACAAAAAACUUAUAUUUGCUUUUUCUAGACGUGGUAAAAUUUUUAAAACACUAAGCAAUUUUUGUGCUAUUUAUAGAUAUUAUAAUUUUGCGGUUUUUUUAUGUAAUUUUUGUGUGAUAGGUACUCUGUAGAUAAAAUAUAACGAAAAAAACCCCUAUCGUUUUUGUAUUGGAUCGAUAUUUAUACUAGAAAAUAUAAUUUGUACAAAUAAAAAUAUUAUAAUGGGUAAUGCCAUGGCGUGGCGUGGAAUAUAUAUUUCCCGUUUUACCUGCAAUUUUCUUUUGGGAUUUUCCAAUUAUUUCGAAAACUCGUUUGGGAAAUAAAAAAAAUGAUUUCUUCAAUGUACCAACUAGACAAAAUUUCCUUUCUAAAAAGAUACUGUAUUCUGUACCAAUGUACAAAAGAUCGGAGCAAGAUUUCUUUUCGAAAAAUUUUUUACAAACAGAAAAAAACAUUAUAAUAAAAAUGUUUUUUGUUAUAGAUGAUGGGUAAAUUUUUUGCUGGCUUGGCUCAAUCAGGAGCGUGGUGUUGCUUUGAUGAAUUUAAUCGUAUAGAGCUUGAAGUUUUAUCGGUCAUUGCUCAACAAUUAAUCACUAUUAUGAACGCAAAAAUUAUUAACGCUAACGAAUUCAUGUUUGAAGGCCGACAAAUAAGACUUAUAAAAACGUGUGCAGCAUUUAUAACAAUGAAUCCAGGUUAUGCGGGAAGAAGUGAACUCCCAGAUAAUUUGCAAGCAUUAUUUAGACCUAUGGCAAUGAUGGUACCUGACUAUGGCCUAAUUGCUGAAGUUAUAUUGUAUUCGGAAGGGUUUGAGUCAUCGAAAAUGUUGGCUCAGAAAAUGGUAAAAAUGUACAAACUGUGCAGUGAACAACUAUCUAUUCAGGAUCAUUAUGAUUUUGGAAUGAGGUAAUGAUGCUUGGAAUCGAGGCACAAAUAUUGUGUUUUAUUAAUAAACAUUUGUACGUUUAGGGCUGUAAAAAGCGUAUUAGUAAUGGCCGGAUCGUUGAAACGAGAGAAUCCUUUCAUAAAUGAGAAUUUAGUAUUAAUUAGAGCACUGAGAGAUAGUAACUUACCCAAAUUUUUAAAAGAUGAUGCUGUACUAUUUCAGGUAUAAAAUAUAAUUUACAAUAACACAAUUUGGUACAUUAAACAAUUAAUAAAAUAAUGAUAUAAUUUAAAUAUUUAGGGCAUAUUAAACGAUUUAUUCCCUAGUAUUGUUUUACCAGAACAAGACUAUGGAUUGUUCCUUUCGACUGUUAAAAAUGUGAUGGAAAGUGAAAACUAUCAAGUUGAAGAGGGUAUUUAUAUGAAAGUUAUACAGCUCUUAGAGACAAUAAUUGUCAGACAUGGUAUCAUGACUGUGGGACCCACAGGUGGUGGUAAAAGUACAGUCUUAAAAAUACUUAGUAAAACAUUAACGGAGCUUUAUAAUAAGAAAAUAGAAGAACAAUAUUAUAGAGCAGUAAAAAUAUACUCAUUAAAUCCUAAAGCUAUUUCUAUGGGUGAACUUUAUGGUGAAGUAAAUCUCUUAACAAUGGAAUGGAAAGAUGGAUUACUUGGAAAAUUUGUAAGAAAAACAGUUAAAAUAACAAAGGAAGAAUUUCAAUGGGUUGUGUGUGAUGGUCCUGUAGAUGCAAUAUGGAUUGAAAAUCUUAACACAGUACUUGAUGAUAAUAAGAUGCUAUGUUUAGCAAAUUCAGAACGAAUAAAAUUAAGUUCUUGGGUACGAUUUAUUCAUAGACUUAUACAUCUAGAUAGAACAUUCGUUUCGAUUCGUUUUAUUUCGAAUAUUUCAUUUCGAGAAUAGAAACACGUGAGAUAAUAAAUGUAGUCUUUUAAUUGGCUGUCCUCGGGAUGUGAAUUGGAUCUCUCACUUCAGGCUUUAUAUCAGCCUAUCUCUUUUGAUCCGUUCGGACCGACCGUGCCUCCCACUCCUCGGGGUGAAUGUUCAGAUUAGAUGUAUAAGUAUAUGUUUUUAUUAAAAAUAAUCAUGUAAAUUAAAAUUAACAUAUCACAGCAUAAUUUUAUAUAUUUUUUAGGUAAGAAUGAUUUUUGAAGUUAGCGACUUAUCGCAAGCGUCACCAGCUACGGUUAGUAGAUGUGGAAUGGUUUAUGUAGAUCCUACAGAAUUAGGCUGGUUACCAUAUGUACGGUCGUGGAUAAAUAAAUUAGAUAAUGAGACUAUUAAAAAUAGCACAAACCUAAAAAGUUAUCUGAUGAGUUUAUUUGAAACUUACGUAGAUGAAGGAUUCGUAUUUAUUGAUAAGCAUUGUUUGGCUCCCAUUAAACAGGUACCUAUAUUUAUUAUAUAAUAAAAUAUAAUUUGGUAUAUAUCGUAUCAAACAAGGACAUUUUAGCGAUGAGUUAUUUAAAAAAUUCUGUAAACUAUUAAAAUUGAUUGUGUUACUUUAUUAACUACAAAUGUAACUUUAAUACAAACUAUACUAUACUAUUAGCGAUGGCUCAUGCUAUGGUGCACAGGAACAGUGCACCACCUAGAAUUUUGAAAACUAUACAUUGUUUUUUUAUAUUACUACAACAUAAAAAUCUAUUAUUAGUUAUUGUAAUUUAUAGUAUAUAAUAAACUAGAAAUGCAUUCAUAUUUAUUUGAGAGACAAGAAUAUAAAUUAUUUUACAGAAUUAGAGAAAUAUUUAAUGCGAAAAGUUGAGAAAAGCGAAUGUUAUCACACGUUAUAGGUAUACCAUUCACAAUUCGCAGCGGCAGCGGUCACGGAGCGUGGACGGGCAAGUAUAAUUUUUGCACCAGUUGAGUAUGCACAGUUGACCGUUUCGGUCCCACGACUAGCACAACUACCAUUAGACUUAGUGGUGUGUUGGUGGACAAACGAAUAUUGCACCGCCGCGGCCGUACAGACGUCUGCCGUUGCUGACUGAGAAUACUUUGGGAACUGAUUAUUUCUUUUGGAUAAUAUUAAAUUUGUCUGGCGGGUGCUGUUAUGUCCAAAAAUACCCCAUAAAAAAUAUUUAAAAAAAAAAGGUAUCUUAUGAUUUUUCGGUUAAAUUAUUUUUUCUGGUAGAAAACGUCGUCCGUGUUUUUAUAAUUAAUUAAAUCGUGAAAUUGUACGUUUUCCUACGUUUUUUUCCACUUAAAUACUUUUAUUUAAAAAAUGACUCCGUGAAAGUAAAAUCUAGACAACUUGAGCUUUCAGAAAAGUUGCUACACGUAAAAGUGGAAUAAGUUUACUAGAAAAAACAUGUCCACAGACUAGAACAAAGUACAAAGAAAGAAAAAAAAAAUAAACAUCUUAGUAAAACCAAUUUUAAUCUAAAAUUAAAAUACCCAAAUUGCCAUUUUUAAAAGUUUCUCUAACUUAUCAUUAAUAUUAUUUUAUUAUUUUUAAUUUAUUUAUAAUUACAUACUAAUAUGUAUCAUAUGCAUCCGGUGUACAUAGGUUCACGCUAAAAUGUCCUAGAUUGUACAUUGUUACAUUAAUAUUUCUUUUUUAGGUUAAAAUUAGUAAAGCGACAAUGAUGUGUACUAUUCUCGAAUCUCUAUUAACCGAUCCCAAUAGUUUUGACUCGCUAAUGGAAAUGUCAAAAGUUUACAAACAUAUUUGUCAAUCAUUUGUUUUUUCGUAUUUAUGGUCUUUAGGAUCAAAUCUAAUUGAUUCAUCUCAGAGUAAAUUUGAGGAUUUCGUAUUUAGUCAAUUUGAAAACAUAUCUGAUGCUGCUAUUUCACCUGGAACAGAGUUAUUUAAUGUAUACUUAAAUACAGUGAAUAAAACAUUUGAAAAUUGGAACACCAUUGUUCCUAAAUUCAUAUACAACGCUGCUACGCCAUAUUUCGAAUUACUAGUACCUACAGUAGAUAACGUAAGAUACACUUAUGUCAUGCAAAAACUAGUACAAAUGAACCAACCAGUAAUGUUAACUGGAAUAACGGGUAAAAAAUUGUUUAAAUAUUAUAAUUUGUAUGUUUUAUAAUUAUUGAAUUAUAAUUUUUUUUGAAGGAGUUGGAAAAACAUCAGUAGCAAACUUUGUCAUGCAAAAUCUGACAGCUACGGGUGAUUGGAUUACCGGAAUGAUUAAUUUCUCUGCCCAGACUAAUAGCAAUAGGACUCAAGAAAUAUUGGAAUCAAAAUUAGAAAAAAAAAAACGAACACGUUUCGGAGCACCAGGGAAUAAACGACUUGCUAUUUUCAUUGAUGACGUUAAUAUGCCAAAACCUGAAAUAUAUGGAGCUCAGCCUCCAAUUGAGUUACUACGACAACUUUUGGACUCUGGUGGUUUCUAUGAUCGAGAUAUGUUAUUUUGGAAGGACAUAGAGAAUGUAAUUUUAUGUGUAAUUUGUGCACCUCCGGGAGGGGGUCGAAACCCUCUGACUCCGAGAUUUACAAGACAUUUUUCUAUGAUGUUUAUUCCCACUACAAGUGAAAAUUCUAUGAAAGCAAUAUUUACAUCAAUUUUAGAUGGAUUUUUGUAUGAAUUCCCACCUAGUAUAGCUAAUUUGAGUGCAGCAACAGUACAAGCUAGCGUUGUGGUUUAUUUGCGUAUUGCCGAAGAUUUAUUACCAACUCCAGCGAAAUCGCAUUAUGUAUUUAAUCUUAGAGACUUGUCAAAAACCGUACAAGGGAUUUUGCAAGCAGAUUUUGUUACAAUACCAGAUGCAACUCAUUUAUAUAGGUAAUUUUAUUGUAACCAUUACUGUAAAUACAUAUUGAAUAAUAUUAUAUGUAGUAAUACUAUUCAUUUUUCUUUCAGAUUAUGGUAUCAUGAAACUUUGCGUGUGUAUCAUGAUCGUUUGGUUUGUCAAGAAGAUAGAUCAUAUUUUCACAAUCUUCUAAAAACCGUAUGCACUCGAUAUUUUAACACUACAGUGUUACAAUUUUCUGAAUCUGAUACAGAACUAACGCGUCCUCCUACUUUAUUGUUUGGCGAUUUUAUGAAUCCAGUUUCUAAUGAAAAUCGAAUUUAUGAAGAAGUGGUUAAUAUCGAUAAACUAAAAGCCGUAUUAACUGAUAAUUUAAUGGAUUUUAAUAUGGUUUACAAUAAAGAUAUGCAUAUCAUAUUUUUUAUGGACGCUAUUGAGCAUAUAACCCGUAUAGCAAGGAUAUUGAGAUUUGAAAGAGGAAAUGCUUUGUUAGUUGGAGUUAGUGGUAUGGGCAAACAAUCGUUAACUAAACUAGCUUCACAUAUUAACGAAUACAAGUAUAACUACACUAAGAAAAUAAAAUAAACUUAAAAUUAACUUUGGUAAAUAUUUUAAUGUGCAUGUAGAUGUUUUCAAAUUGAGCUGACGAAAUCUUACAACUAUUCUACUUUCCAUGAAGACUUAGUAAUUCUUUAUCACAAAGCUGGUGCAAUGUUCGAAGAUACUACAUUUUUAUUUACUGACAAUCAAAUUGUUCAAGAAGAAUUUUUGGAAGAUAUAAAUAAUAUAUUAAGUUCGGGUAAAUUUAUAAUGUUAUAAUAUUUACCUGUUUAAUUAAUUAUGAUUAGCCAUUUUAAAUUAAAUUUCAGGAGAAGUACCCAAUCUAUUUAAACAAGAUGACUUGGAGAAAGUUAUCACUGAUUGUAGGUCAGCAGCAAUUGAAUCAGGAAUUGAUAGUGACAAUCGGGAUGCAAUUUUCAGAUUUUUUAUACAGCGAGUACGUUCUAAACUUCAUCUUGUCAUAUCUAUGAGCCCAAUUGGUGAUGCAUUUAGACGAAGAUGCCGUUUAUUCCCUUCAUUAGUGAAUAACUCCACUAUAGAUUGGUUUGAUGAUUGGCCGACAGAAGCACUAUUAUCUGUGGCACAUAAGAGCUUACAGAUAUUUGAACAACCAGAUAAUAAAAACAUUGUUAGCACUUUAGCUAACAUUUGUAAUGAUAUGCACAGAUCAGUUAGUCAAGCAACGAAAAAGUUUUAUGAACAAAUGAGAAGAUAUUAUUAUGUAACACCCAAAAGCUAUUUAGAAUUUUUAAAAUUAUACAUUAAAAUGCACGAGGUGCAAACUAAUAAGAUUAACAAUGAUUCCAAUCGAAUUUCAAAUGGUUUACAUAAACUUUAUGAAACUUUUGAUAUGGUUGGUGAAAUGAAAAUAAAACUCAAAGCAAUGGCACCGGUAUUAUUAGAAAAAAAUGAAGCUACUUUAAAGUUAAUGGAAAAUCUAACAAAGGAAAAAGCAAGUGUAGACGAAGUUCGAGCUGUUGUACUCGUGGAAGAAGCGGCUGCACAAAUAAAAGCUACUGCUGCUCAAGAAAUCGCUGAAGAUGCCGGGAAAGAUUUAAUGUUAGCAAUGCCAGCAAUGGAAGCCGCCCAAAAGGCAUUAGAGUCUCUAAACAAAAAUGAUAUAAAUGAACUUAGAGUAUUCAAUAAACCUCCGAAACUUGUUCAAACUGUUAUGGAAGCUGUAUGUUUAUUGUUGGCAACUAAGUAAUUUAUAAAUAAUUUUAUAGUAUUAUUUAGAAGAAAUUCAUCCUAGUCAUUAUUAUUUUUAACUAAACAUACCUAUAAGUGUUAACACAAUUUACAAUUGAACAUUCGUUGUAUUAUUUGAUUAUUAUUAAUUUCUAGAACUGAUUGGGCUACUGCUAAGACCGUAUUAGGAGACAGCAAUUUUCUUAAAACUCUGCAAGAAUAUGAUACGGAUAACAUACAUGAUAAAAUGAUUAAUCAACUUAAGCCUUAUAUAGAAAAUCCAGAUUUCAAUCCAACAAAAGUAGCUACUCAAUCUAAGGUGGCCAAAUCAAUGUGUAUGUGGGUCCGUGCUGUUCAUAGCUAUGCUCUAGUAUAUCGAAUAGUUGAGCCGAAAAGAAAAAAGUAAGUAGAUACCCAGAGUUAUUUUAUUAACAAACAACAAUAAUAUAAUGUAGAGUAUGUACAGUUUUAAAAUGUAAAAGUAUGGUCAUAUUAUAUCACAUCAACCACUCUAUAUUGUAUAUGGACAUCAUAAAUUAGUAAAUCAGGUACACCUAAGUGUAUCUAAGGGUCUGGAGAAAUAUAAAAUUGUGAAGAUAUUUUUCCAGUAAUUUUCAUACACACUCAUUAUUGAAUUACAAUAAAAGAUUGUGUAUUUCGUAGAACCAAUUACAAACGUCUAUAGAUGCCUUAGAAUAUUAUACUAUAUCUAAUCUAUAAAUAUUAAAAUACAAAUAUGAAUGUACUUAAUAUUUAUCUGAAUACAUUAAUAUUAUAAUAUAAAUUAAGUGUUAAUAGAACUAAAAAUAAUAAUAGUACAUCUAUUUAAUGAUACGAAUCUACCAGGAGCGGAUCUAAAAAUUUUUGUUAGGAGGAGAGAAAAAAUGAAAAUUUAGUGAUAAGAAUAGUAAACUAAAAUAACUUAUUAGCCAAAACAUAUUACUUCCUUAUGGUGUUUAUUGGGGGAGAGGGCGCAAAUGACCCCAUUAUUCCCUCCCCUGGAUUUACUCGGAAUGAGUCUUCGAUGCGCGUCAUGUGUAUAGGUUUUUUCCCAGUACGUUUUAACAAAAAAUUGAUAUAGGAGGUAGAUAUAGGAAGACUCAACAACUAUAAAAUAAUGUAUAUCUUUCGGAGAGAAGAAAAAUGAACUUUGUAAACAUUAUUAGGGGAGUCGAAAUAAAUUAGCGUUAUAGGAGAUUUUGACUUCUCGAUGAUUUAGACUCCCCCCUCAGUUGAGUUCAACGAAGAUAAGUCCAGUAUACAUUUCCAAUUGCAAUAUUUACGAUCAUCGUAAUACUCAAAUCCUAAUUAAUAAUUACCUACACUAUAAUCAUCAUCGAUAAUUUCAUAUCAUCAAUUUACUUUUUUUUUCGGGUAUUUUUUCGUACCUAUAAUAAAUAAUAAAAUAAUAAAGUAAAAACUAAAUUAUUAAAAUGGUUAAUAUUCGUAAAUAAAUAAAGGAAAUAAAUAUACUAAAUAAAUGUAUAAAUAAAAAAUGUAUACAUAAAAAUAAAAUAAAUUAAUUAAUCAAUGCGUCGCCUGGAUUAUUAUGAUAAGUCAUACGAUCAAUGAUAUACCUGAUAAUGUUUUUUCAAUUCAUCUGGUCGUAUUUAAUAAUAUUUAUUUUAUUUUUAUAUAUAUAUUUUUUAUUUAUACAUUUAUUUACUAAUUUUAUUUACUUUACUUAAGCUAAUCUUGAAACCCAACUGAUAUUAAUUCCGUAACUUUGUAAUUUGGCUAUUAGAGGCUACUGCAAGGCAUGCAAAUGUCAGUCGAUGUAGUAAAAAAAGUUUAACAAAACUAAAAAAUUAAAGUUCUGAUCUUAUUAAUCUUAAUUUACAUAAUCUAAAUUAUACUUUGCAGAUAAAAUUAUUUAAUUUACCUAGAUAAUAUUCGACUUACUCCAUUCUUUUUUGGAAUUAGUGUGUAGUAAAUAAUGCAAAAAUAAAACUAUUAUUAAUUAUUACUAUAAAGUGGCACUUACUAACACAUUUUUAUCUGUAAUUCUUCAUAGUAUUUAAAUAUGAAAUACUGAAUUAUUAUAAAAAAUGUAUAUAUUUUACUGUAUAUAAAUUAUUAAAAAUUACCUAUAGACAGCAAGAAGCUGAGGAUGAACUGAAUAUUGUAUUAAAAGAAUUAAGAGUAAAGCAAAAAAUGUUAGCUGACGUUGAAGAACGUCUACAAAAACUCGAAAAUAUUUAUGAUCAGAGUGUUUCGGAAAAGAACAAACUUGAGUUUAACAUGGGUAGAACGCAAGCAAGGUUGAAACGUUCUGAUUUACUUGUCGUAGCUCUUAGCGACGAACAACUAAGAUGGGAAAAUAAUAUUAAAGUAUUGCAGUUUUUGUUUUAUCAUUCGUAUCAUAUGUGUAACUAAGUUAUUUUAACACAUUUUUUGUAUUUAGAUGUUUUCGGAACUCCUAUUAACUGUAACUGGAGACACCAUAGUAGCAAGCGCAUGUGUAAACUAUUUAGGACCAUUUACAGAUGAAUAUCGUAAAGAAAUAAUCAAUUUAUGGCUUCAACAACUGACCCAAUAUGAAAUCAGAUAUUCAUCAAAUUUCUCUUUGAGUUCUGUAUUAAUUGAUUCAUUUGAGCUACGGACAUGGAACAUAUGUGGUCUUCCCAGAGAUUCAGUGUCGACAGAUAGUGCAAUAAUCGUGACCAGAUCCCAUCGGUGGCCUUUAAUGAUAGAUCCUCAGGAACAAGCAAACAGGUGGAUUAAAGCUCUAGAAGCAGAUAAUUCACUAAAAAUAUGCAAAGUUACCGAUUCAGGCUUAAUGAAUAUCAUCGUUGAUUCAAUUAGACUAGGAUACCCAGUCAUAAUAGAAGGCCUCGAAGAGCAUAUUGAUCCUACAUUGAGACCUAUAUUGGAGAACAAUACCUUUAUACAAGUAAAUAGAAAUAUAGUAAAUUCAGUCGAAGUUGAUAAACUAUAUAAUUGUAUUUAAAGGGCGGACGGCUUUUGAUACGCUUAGGAAAUGCAGAUAUAGAAUAUAAUAAUCAGUUUAAAUUGUACAUGACAACUAAAAUGGGAAAUCCUCAUUAUUUGCCAGAAAUAUGUAUACAGGUUACGCUGGUAAAUUUUACUGUAACACCUUCUGGAUUAGAAGAUCAAUUAUUAGUGUACGUUAUUAUUAUAUUAAAUAAAAUACCUAUGUAUUUUAAUCUUGAACUAAAUUCUAUUAUUUCUAAUUUAUGUAUGGAAAUUAACUCUUUUAGAGACGUUGUGCGAUUAGAAAGACCGGAUUUAGAAGAGAAACGAACUGAAACAAUUGUGAAUAUAAAUAAUGACAAUAACUUAUUAAAAGAGAUGGAAGACAAGACAUUAAGAAUGUUGAAUAUGUCGGAAGGAAACAUAUUAGACGACGAAGAGCUUAUUGAGACGCUUAAUAAUAGCAAAGUAAACUAAAUAAAUUGUUAAACAGGACUUUUUAUUUGUGCAAUCGAAUUUAUAGGAAACAUCUAUGAUUAUUGCUGGACGUCUAAUAGAUGCAAAAGAAACAGAAGAAAGCAUUAGUAUCGCAAGAGAACGUUACCGAGCAGUCGCGAAACGAGGUUCAUGUCUGUAUUUUGUUAUAGCUCAACUGUCCGAAAUUGACACUAUGUAUCAGUUUUCUUUAAACUAUUUCAACUCUGUAAGUUUGAACAAAAACUCUGAUAUUUUUCUGCUCUAAGUGUAAUCUUAAUUUUUAGAUAUUUUGCAAUGUGAUUAAAAACAGUAAUAAAACUACAAAAAUUGAAGUUAAAAUGCCAAUUAUGAUUGAAGAUAUAACCAUUGCUAUUUACACAAAUAUUUCUAGAGGCCUGUUUGAACGUCAUAAAUUAAUAUUUAGUUUCUUGCUCAGUGUCAAUAUAAAUAUGCAAACAGGCAAAAUCACUAAUUCCCAAUGGAACUUUUUGCUCCGUGGACCAAUAGGAACAAUAAAAAAAGAAACAGUAGAGAAACCUGUUGCAUUGACAGAAGAGAUAUGGAAAACUGUAUGCUAUGUGUCUGAAAUGUUUCCUAAAUUUAAAAAUCUACCUGAACACUGCUCUAACCGUAUACAAAUUAAAAUUGGAAAUUUUAUUCAAAAUAUUCAAUUAGACCCGCAAAAUAAUGCUAUGUCGUUAGACUGGAAUUCAGUGUUAAAUUCAUUUGAAAAACUUAUGAUUAUUAAAACACUCAAAGAAGAAAAAUUAAUUUUUGCAAUUGCUAGCUACAUAAGUACUGAGCUUGGACAAUUAUUUAUUGAGAGUCCAGGAGUUUCGCUCCAGUUAUUGUAUAAAGACACAUCUUCGAUUGUACCAUUAAUUUUCAUACUUAGCUCUGGUUCAGAUCCAUUCGUAUCAUUUCAAAAGUUUGCAACGGAAUUCGGAAUGAUAGAUAAAGUGCGUGCAAUAUCUUUAGGUCAGGGUCAGGGACCCAUUGCAGAAAAACUAAUAAGAGAUGGUGUGGAAAAAGGCAACUGGAUAUUCUUGCAAGUAUUGAACGAUAUAAUAUUAUAUAACUCGUAGAUAUCAUGUAAAUCGUAUUUUUAAUUAUUUUCAGAAUUGCCAUUUAGCAUCAUCAUGGAUGGUUAAAAUGGAAAAUUUAGUUCAAAAUCUAAUUGAAAAUGCAUCUGAUAUCAAAGAAGAUUUUAGAUUAUUUUUGAGUUCGAUGCCUUCAAAAAAUUUUCCUAUUUUUGUGCUACAAAAUUCAUUAAAAGUAACUAAUGAACCACCUAAAGGAUUAAAGGCUAAUAUGAAAAGAUCAUUUAUAGAUAUGAACACUGAAUUUUUUGAAGACAAUGGUAACUACCUAUAUGUUGAAAACAAAUAUUCACUACACAUUUUAGAUUCUGAUUGGAGCGAAGAAGCCUAUUGUUUUACAAAGAUGUUUUAUCUGUGGUCAACUUUUCUAUCAAAAAUCUUACUCUGAUUUAUAAUGAUAGCACUUUUUCUGAAAGGAAAUCGUAUUGGGGAGGUACUUUAAGGGAGGUAAUUUUUUGAUUUUCUCUAGGAGUUUUCCCAAUUAAUGGGAAAAACCGGGAAAACCGUAGGAAAAACGGGAAAAUAGGUAGAGUAUUAAACAAAUAUUAUUAAAGAAAUUAUAGAAUUUUUUCAACUUCUCACUUACAAUAGUGGGUACACCUACGUGCGAAGCAUGUCCGUUUUUUUAAUAUUAAUAAAUUAAUUUCAUGAUAGGUUUUAGUUCUCAGUGGCGUAAAAUGGUAUUCGGAUUAUGUUUUUUCCAUGCCAACAUAUUGGAAAGGAAGAAAUUUGGAUCACUGGGCUGGAAUAUAGCAUAUGCGUUUGCCGAGAGUGACCGAGAAUGUGCUAUGCUCUUUUUGAACAUGUAUUGUUCGACCGCUAUGGAAAUACCAUGGGAUGCAUUACAGUAUAUAAUUGGAGAUAUAAAUUAUGGUGGAAGAGUUACUGAUUCUUGGGAUCAAAGAACUCUGAAGGCAGUACUUUGGAAUUUCUUUGGUCCUCAUACUCUUGAGCCGAGUAAUAAGAAGAAUUUUUAUCUCAACUGUUUUAUAUGUAUUUGUAUUUAUGAUUUUAACAUGAAAACAAAUAUUUUCCAGAUUUUAAAUAUUCGAAGACUGGUACUUACUUUUGUCCAGAAUCGGAAACUUGCACCACCGUUGAGAAUUAUAAACUAUUUAUCGAUAGAUUACCAAUGAUAGAAGAACCGGAAAUAUUCGGAAUGCAUGAUAAUGCUAAUAUAGCAUAUCAAGUAUUAUACGUUCAACUAUUACAUUUUUAUAAUACAACGAAUUUAUUUAUUCAUUAUAAACUAAAAUUUGUGUGUAUUAGACUAAAGAAACACAAGAGAUAUUGAAAACUAUUGUUGAAGUCUAUCCGAAAUCAACAGAAGGUGGUGUUGGUAAAUCCGAUGAUGAAAUCGUUAUGGAUAUGGUUACUGACAUAUCUGAAAAGCUUAUGAAGUUUAUAGAUAUCAGUAAUGCGCAUUUUACAAUAAUGGAACUGGAUGACAAAGGGCGAUUACCAUCAUUAUCUACAGUGCUGUUACAAGAAAUUGACCGUUUUAAUAAAUUACUCGAUGUCAUACAUAGUUCAUUAAGUGAAUUCCGUAAAGCAAUUAAAGGACUAGUUGUCAUGUCUACUGAAUUAGAAGGAGUCUAUUUAUCGUUCAUGAAUAGCACUGUAAUACAAUUUUUAUUUUUCAAUACAUAAUUUUGCUUGACUAAUAAUUUAUUUAAAAAAAAAUGACUGAAGGUACCAAAAUUGUGGCUCAACAAAGCAUAUCCUUCAUUGAAGACAUUGGGUAGUUGGGUCAAAGAUUUAGUUUUGAGACUAGACUUUAUUAAUGUAAUUUGUAUUAUUUUCUUUGUCAGAACUAUGUUAUUUUAAAAACUAAAUAAUUUGAAAAUGUUUGUUUAGUUUUGGUUGCAAUUUGGAAGUCCUCUUUCUUACUGGAUAUCCGGUUUAUAUUUCCCACAAGGUUUUAUGACAGGAUGUCUACAGAGACACGCAAGGAAGUACAGCAUACCAAUCGAUAGUUUAAAAGUUGAUUUCGAACUUACCGAUACUAUUCUAAACCAAGAAGUAAUCGCUGCAAUGCAUGAAAUUAGCUCGAAAGAACUACCGUCCGCUUACAAAGGUUUAACAAAACAAGAAGAUGGAGUGUACGUGCACGGUUUGUUUCUCGAUGCCGGACGUAUUGACUUGGAAACCAAACGUCUCGUGGAUCCAAUACCCGGUAAUAAUUUGAUAAAUUAAUAUUCCAGUACCUUUUCUUUUGUAUUUACAAUGAAUUUUUUAUAUAUUUUUAAGGAGACCUCUAUCCUCCCCUUCCCGUCAUAAGGCUCGUGCCAAUUAUUGAUCUGGAUGAAAAUACUUUGCGAUACAAUUGUCCACUAUAUAAAACAGCAAUAAGAGCCGGAGUUCUUUCCACUACUGGACAUAGUACUAAUUUUGUAAUUGCCGUAUUACUACCAACUGACUUUCCAGAAAAUUAUUGGAUUCUCAAAGGAACCGCUCUUAUCACACAAAUAACCAAUUAA